AUCAAUUUGAAUAUCAGGUGUUAAUGUGAAUUUAUUUUUGCCUAUCAGCAAUCAACGGAAUCUUCAAAACAAAACAAAAAAAAUACCUUGUCCAUCAUGACCACCGAGAUGAUAAACGGGCCAAAUAUUUUUAACCAAAGUCCUCAUCAUAGUCAUAUUAGUGAUCAUCAUUCUCAUCAUCAUCAUCAUCAUAAUCAUAAUCAUAAUCAUCAUGAAAAUAAUAAAAAUAGCCAAAAUGUGAUCAAUAUUAAUAAUAAUAAUAAUAAAUUGAUGGUACCGAUUUUUAUGUUGACUAAUAAUGGAACUACAAAUAGUGAAAAUGAUGAUGUUCAAAUGAGAGAAUCAAUAACAAUAAAUCGGACAUUAACAAAUUUUAGUAAUAGUAAUAGUGAUGGUGAUAAUAGUGGCCCAACGAUACCCGUUGAUUCUAAAUCAAAUUCCUAUUCUGAAAGAGCUUCAUCAUCAUCAAGUUCUAUACAUCAUUCAUUUCAAUGGUCAAAUCUACGGUCAUCAUCAUCCUCAACAUUUAUGGUAUCAAAUAAUCAAUCUUCCAAUCUUCAACUAAAUUCCUCAUCAUCAUCCACACCAACAACACCGAUCAUCGAUAAUGACAUAUCGACAUCAUCACCAUCGAUUUUAUCGCCAAGUUCAUUAUCAAGUUUAAAUACACAGGCAUUAGUGCGAACCAUAUCAAAUGGUUCAACAUUUGGUCCAAUACCAAAUUGGCCAUCAAAUGAUUCACCAUCUUCAUCAUCUUAUAAUUCUGUGAAUCCAUUUUAUAAAAUAUUUCAAAUUCAAUCAAAUCAUCCAGGAUGGAAAUCAUCAUCAUCAUCGACGACUAGUCCUAAUUUGUCGAGUCCUAAUCCAGGAUCAAUAAUUUCUUCACCAACAUUAUUCUCAUCAUCAUCAUCAUCGUCAUUAUCGUCAUCGACUUUAACAUUGACGAAUCAUUGUAUCACCAAUAAUCAACAAUCAUUGAUUCAACAACCAUCAACACCACAGCCAACAAUAUUGGCAACAACAGCACCAGCACAAAUAAAUAUAUCAAUCAAAUUGAAUUUGCCAUUAAUUUUUGGCGAUAAUUAUGUACUUACAAGUCAAAUUGAAGCAAGUAAUCUAUAUCGUUGUUUAGGAUUGAAUACUGCCGAAGAAUUUUGUUGCAAGGUUGUCUUAAGUAAGAAUUAUUAUGAUUUUCUUGCACCACAUCUUCGUAUGGAUGGUCAUACGGGUAUUAAUCAGGUGAAAAAGAUUAUCAUUGGCCGUGUUCAUACAUUUAUAUUAUUUAGUCCGUCCUUUGGUGAUCUACAUUCAUAUGUACGCAAUAAAAGACGAUUACGUGAACAUGAAGCAAUGCCAUUGUUUCGACAGAUUGUUGAAAUUGUUGCCGAUUGUCAUCGGAACGGAAUCAUAUUGAGAGAUCUCAAACUUAGGAAAUUUAUUUUUAGCAAUAAAGAAAGAACCAAAUUAAAAUUGGAAACAUUAGAAGGAGCUUCCCUUUUCGAUGAUGAUGAUGAUACAUUAACGGAUAAACAUGGCUGUCCAGCAUACGUUUCACCAGAAAUUCUUUUAUCCAAUUCAUUCAGUGGUUUAGCAGCCGAUUGUUGGGGAAUGGGUGUAAUACUUUAUACAAUGUUAGUAGGCCGUUAUCCAUUUCAUGAUGUGAAUCCAUCAUCUGUGUUUUGUAAAAUUCGUCGUGGUACAUAUUACAUUCCAGAUCAUUUAUCUAAACAUGGAAAAUGUUUAAUACGAUCAUUGAUGCGUAUGGAUCCGGAUGAACGUUUAACAGCCGACGAUACAUUAGCGCAUCGUUGGUUUGAUUCUUUUCGAUCAUCCAAUCUAAUGAAUAAUAGUAUUAUGAUGAAAAGAAAUUCAACAACCUCAAUAGCUACGGUUCCUCCUGUUUCUUCCGGUGUUUUUUCAUCUCAACAACUUCAAAAUUCCUAUCCUCAACAUCAGCAGCAUAAUCAUAAUAUCCUGAAUAAUAAUAAUAAUAAUAAUUAUCGGCAACAAAAUCGUUAUCAAAAUCUAUCACCACCACAAUCACCAAUGUCGAUGAUAAUGAAUAGUAACAAUAAUAGCAAUAAUGUUCAACAGCCAUCAACAUCAUCGAAUCAAUCGUCAUCUUUACCAUCGUCUUCAACGUCUAUGACCUUAUUAUCAUCGCCAUCUACUUCGACAAUAUCAUCGAUACGUGCAUUACAACAGCAAACAGUAGCAGCUCAUAAUAAUCAUCAUUAUCUGUUUGCAUCGCCGCCAUCAUCAUCACUAUUGCCAUCGUGUUGUGCACAUCAUGGUAGCAACAGUUUAUUAUCAUCAUUAUCAUUAUCGGCGAAUUUUGACCAAGUUGUUCCCGAUCUCAAAUUAUGAACUAGUAACUAAAAAGAAAAACAAAACAAAAAAAAUCACAAUUAUUGAACUAAAAAAUUCUACAUACACAGAUAUACUAUAGAUUUUUAAAUUUUAAAAAAUAAU